AUGUUGGUUGCACGAUGUGCUCAACGAUUAUCAUGGCUAGUACAUCGACGUAACAUUAGCUUAACGAAUAAUUCUUCAUCAGUUUGGAGAAAUGCUUGGAAAAAGGUGAAAGGAUUCUUGACUCAGAGCGAAAAAGAAAAUUUCGACGAAGAUCUUGUUCGGAAGGCGUACAGAUCAGAUGAUUUGAAAGAGGACGAGUGGUUGCUCAUCUAUAGGGAUCAAGGUACAAAUCGAAAUAGAUUUUUGCUUUCAUCUUUGGUAUUUCGAUGUCACCCGUAA